ACAAAACGGUGACGAUGAUCGCGGAAGUAAACAUUAAGGACGUGGAAAGGAUAAAAGCUGCGACACGAGCUGGUUCUUUGAGUUCCUCCGUGAGUCUUAAACCCACAAACUGGUUCCGAGAAAAGAAGAGUCCAAAGCUAGUCUGGAGUCUAAAACCUGGAACCGAGAGGAGUCUAAACCCACACAGUUCCUGAGAGGAAAACCCGAGUCUGGAUCUAAAAUGUCGGUGACGGUGAAGGCCUACCUGCUGGGUCGGGACCAGGUGGUGAAGGAAGUCAGAAGGUUUGCGGUGGAUCAGGAAGUGACCUGCAGCUUCGAGUACCUGAAGUCCAGAACCAGCAGCGUGUUCAACAACCUGAGGGACUUCAACCUGUACUACAGAGAUGAAGACGAGGACCUGGUGGCGUUCUCCUCUGAUGACGAGUUGAUGAUGGGUCUGGCCUGUAUGAAGGACGGCCCGUUCCGCCUCUACAUUAAAGAGAGGAAAGAGAACCGUCGGGAUUUCCCGCUGCACGCCUUCCCCCCAUUCACCUUCGGGCCCCCUGGUCCCCAUGGGCCCCCCCAUGGAACCCCACCUCCCCAUGGAGCCCAUGGGCCUCCCGGACCUCCUGGACCCGCCACCCACCCCGAUGUGACCUGUGACGGGUGCGAAGGCCCCGUGGUGGGAACCCGCUUCAAGUGCUCCGUGUGUCCAAACUAUGACCUGUGUUCCGCCUGCCAGGCGAGAGGGACACACACUGAGCACCAGCUGCUGCCCAUCUGGCACCCCCUACAGUGGUUUCCUCGGGGGAAGUGGAUGAAGAGGAUGAGACACUGCAUGUGGAACCAGAACCAGCAGCAGAACCAGCAGCAGCCCGGACCCUCCAGACCGACCCAAAGCCCCCCCUCUGCUAAAGACAACGUGGACUUCCUGAAGAACAUUGGGGAGGGUGUGGCCGCCAUGUUGAGUCCUCUGGGUAUCGACGUGGACAUCGAUGUGGAGCAUGAUGGCCAGAGGACCAAGGUGACCCCCUCCACUCAGGGUGGAACCCCCCCCCCUCAGGGCGAGACCUCCCCCCCUCACAGUGGAGGGGAAGGUGCCAGCAGCGAGGGGUCAAAGGUGUGCAGAGACUCUGAUGAGGAGUGGACUCACCUGAACCCCCGGGAGGUCGACCCGUCCACCGGAGAGUUGCAGUCGCUCCAACCCGGGGACUCUGACCUGGACCAGAAGCUGGACCAAGGCUUGGGCCAGAACCAUGCUCAGAACCAGGACAGUGACCUUAAAGACCAGGUCCAGGAUCAGGUUCAGAACCAGGACCAAGCUCCCCCGGCAGUACAGCAGGGUCCAACAGGUCUGAGGGAGGCGGCUCUGUACCCUCACCUACCCCAAGACCCGGACCCCCGUCUGGUGGAAACCCUGUCCCAGAUGCUGUCGAUGGGCUUCUCAGAUGAGGGCGGCUGGCUGACUCAUCUCCUUCAGACCAAAGACUUCGACAUUGGAGCUGCUCUCGACGCCAUCCAGUUCCAGCCCCCCCCACACAAAACCUGAUCUCUGUUGAACCUGAUUCUGCAGCCACUUCCUGUCCUCUGAGGGCCUGCGAUCAUAACCAAUCAUCUGUCAUUAGUGUUUUCCUCCUCAGAAAUCCACUCAUAUAUAAACCGUUUAAUGAAUCUAUACUUUCUCUAAUUAAUGUCAACUGUUUAAUGAAUCUAUACUUUCUCUAACUAAUGUCAACUGUUUAAUGAAUCUAUACUUUCUCUAAUUAAUGUCAACUGUUUAAUGAAUCUAUACUUUCUCUAAUUAAUGUCAACCGUUUAAUGAAUCUAUACUUUCUCUAACUAAUGUCAACUGUUUAAUGAAUCUAUACUUUCUCUAAUUAAUGUCAACUGUUUAAUGAAUCUAUACUUUCUCUAAUUAAUGUCAACUGUUUAAUGAAUCUAUACUUUCUCUAAUUAAUGUCAACUGUUUAAUGAAUCUAUACUUUCUCUAAUUAAUGUCAACUGUUUAAUGAAUCUAUACUUUCUCUAAUUAAUGUCAACUGUUUAAUGAAUCUAUACUUUCUCUAAUUAAUGUCAACUGUUUAAUGAAUCUAUACUUUCUCUCAUUAGUAGACCCUAUGUCUUGGGGUCUCUGCUCGGCUGUCUCGUUAUGAAUCUGAAUAAAACAAAAGAACCAGA